AGUAAAAAAAAAAAAACUGAAAUCUGCCUUUCACUGGCAACCUGGUGCUCUGAGGAAGAAGAGGAUCUGGCUGGACACCAGUCAACGGUCCAGUUCUGCGAACCUACGCACUCCGAUACAAUAGGGGGCGCUGUGCGCCUUUUCCCGUGGUGACGAACCGGCCGUCACGUCCUGUCUUGCGCAGAAGCGACGGGAGUCAACCAUGGCGACAACCAUGGCGACGGUGGCGGAGAAGUCAACGAAGGAGCGGCUGCUGUCUGUGCUGGACGACCUGGAGGUUUUAUCCCGGGAGCUGAUAGAGAUGUUAGCUCUGUCCAGGAGCCAGAAACUGCCCCAGCCAGGAGAGGACGUUCAGAUCCUGGAGCUGCUGGUGCAGAGGGACAGGGAGUUCCAGGAGCUGAUGGAGGUGGCUCGGCAGCAGGGGAAGGUGCAUCAGGAGAUGCAGCUGCUGGAGAAGGAGGUGGAGAAGAGAGACAGCGACAUCCAGCAGCUCCAGAAGCAGCUGAAGGAGGCUGAACACAUCCUGGCCACGGCCGUUUACCAGGCCAAAGAGAAACUCAAAUCCAUCGACAAAGCCAGGAAAGGAAGCAUCUCGUCAGAAGAAAUCAUCAAAUAUGCUCACAGAAUCAGUGCCAGCAACGCUGUGUGCGCUCCUCUCAACUGGGUACCAGGUGAUCCGCGCCGACCCUACCCUACUGACCUGGAAAUGCGCAGCGGGAUGCUGGGUCACAUGGCCAACCUGGCCACCAACGGUGUGAACGGACAUCUGCCAGGUGACGCUCUGGCUGCUGGAAGGUUACCAGACGUCCUGACGCCUCACUACCCCUGGCAGUCCUCGGACGUCUCAGUGGGCAUGCUGCCCCCUCACCACGGCAACGACUUCGGCCUGGAGCCUCCGGGUCACAACAAGGAGAACGAGGAUGACGUGGAGGCCAUGUCGACCGAUUCCUCCAGCAGCAGCAGUGAUUCCGACUGAAAGACAGGGACUGUGUGUGUGUGUGUGUGUGUGUGUGGGACAUCACCACUUAGCAACAUCCGAUCAAAUACCCCCACCUAGGGUCGGUUACAUUUAGGCUAAUUUAAGACUCAAACACGGGGAAGCAGACAUUUCAUGACACAGCCCAUUUGCACCAAAUCGUGCUCCACACGAUUGUCUUCAGGUAAAACGAUGUGAGCAGCAGUUCACGUCCUCUACGGAAGCUGAGGAGUUGUGGAUUGUAUCUGCUGCCUCUGGCUCUCAGUAGUGGAGCAGCUGCAGUUUAUCACCGCACCAUCCUUUACUACCAUUACGUCAGCCGAGGCCUGUGGCUCCACACUGUCCUUUAUUACAAGACGCCAUCUCUUAUUUUAAUGUUGUAGAUGGAGCCUGUUUGUGAGAACGGCGUUGAGCCUUCCUUCCGCACUGCAAAGGCCAAAAUUCUCUUUUAAUGACACUUGUCAGGACUUUGAACAACAGCAUCGGACUCUUGAGUCACUUCCUGUGGGUCCCAUCUGACUUAGGAUUGUCGUUUCAUUCCUUUGUGGAAAACGGACCCUGUAUUCUGAGUCUCGGUGACCUGAAGGGCCUGAGGGUUUGAAGACAUUACCGUCUGCUGACUCUGCAGCCUUACGGCUCACGGCAGGAAGACUUUCAGAGUUUCUACUGAUGGUAUAUGGAGGACGGAGCAGGGAGUGUGUCAGGGUUCUCCAUCUGGCUUCGCUUUUAAAGGAAUAGUUCCACAUUUUGGGAAAUAUGCUUAUUCACUUUCCAUCUACGAGUUAGAUGUUCAGACUAGUGCCACUUUCAUAUCUGUUCAGUAAACAUGAAGCUGCAGCCAGUUAGCUUAGCAUAAAGACUAAAAACAGUGUGAAACAGCUGGGGCUGCAACUAAUGAUUAUUCUUAUUAUGGAGUGAUCUGUCAGUUAUUUUGGAUUAAUCAAUUAUUUGUUCAUAAAGCAGUAAAAAAUGCCCAAUACUCAAAGAUAUUUUAUAUUAGUUUAUUUUUAUGUUAAGACAAGAAAAACCAAGACACCUGAGAAGCUGGAAUCACUGAAUCUUGAAAAAUGACAGUU